ACGAGGAAAGAACGUCUUCAGGCGCCGCCACGUGACCUCUGACCUCAGCUCCUCAUGCAAACUUCUUCCAAAUCAGCUGCUGACUUUGACUGACAAAUGUUUCAUUUCCAUAAGAGAAGAAGAAGGAAGCGUCUGGAGGACAGACUGCCAGCGGCCACACAGCAGAGCCAUGAGUCCGGCGCCGCGCCUCGUCGUCCUGCUGCUGGCGGCUCGGAUCGCAGCAUCUCAAACACUCACCAAUGCUGGCCAGGAUUUCAGAGUCGUUUUUCCAGAAAACAUCGCCUACUACCACCCUUCUGAUGCCCGAAACAAGAUCUGGGUCACCGCUCUGCAUAACAACACAUCCGUCACAGUGUCAUCAGCCAACAGUGAACAUCAACUGAACGCUAGUCAAACUACAAGUUUUAAUGUGAUCCAAGAACUCGGCAGGCUAAUGAUUAAUGAGACUAACGCUUCUGAUCCGUUCAAGGUUUUCAGCAUCUCUGACAAAACCGUUCAUAUUACCAGCAACAAGGACAUCAUCGUCCAAGCCAUCAGCAGCAGAGGAAGAAGCACACAGUCAGCUCUGGUUAUACCAACAACCAAACUCAGUAGCAAGUACUUCAUCCCACCGGUACCUGAGAUUGAAGGAACCACUAGUGGAGGGGCUCCUGUGGCAAAUGUUACAGAGAGAGCCCCGUUCAGACUCAUCAUCGUCAACCCUAAUGAACCCAAAGCAUCUGUAACCAUUAAAGGUGGAGAGGAAGUCUCGAUAGACAUAGAGUCAGGCAGGGCUGCUCAAAUCUGGGUGAAAAAUGACAACAAGACUCAGUACGUUGAAGCAAAUAAAGGCGUGGCGGUUUUCUUCAGCCACCCCUGUGCCAUUCAGCACCAAUGCAGCUGCGGCCUACUGCAUGCCAUGGUGCCUCCGGCCAAGAACAACACCAUGAGGUUCCCCAUUCCUCCAGUUCUGGACCAGCCAGUGUCCAUUCUGCGGUCCGAUAAAGAAACCAGAGAACGGAUUACUUUCAGUUCUUCCUCAGCGGUCGUGGAAUCAGCAGGCACGGCCAUCGUCUACUGGCCCAGCCUACUCCUCACACUGGUCCCAGUAGAAGAGUUCGGCAGCUGUUUUGUGGUCCAAUUCAUCGAGGGAAAGGAAAACGUUAUCAUCAUCGUGGUCCACAAGAGCCACCAGCAGGGAAUUCACAUCGGGAAAGAUCCUCUGGAGGAAGGAGAAUGGCAGGAGCUGAAGGGAACCGAAUACUUCUCAACCAAUCACAGCAUUUCAUCUACAACUGUCGUCUGGCACAAUGCCACCAACAUGGCCGUCUACCAGAUCUACAAGCACAACGACACCUGGAUUGGGAACCCAGCACCUGUUGUCAGCGCCAACCCAGAUUUCAGGGGCUGCGUUUCAACUCCAGAGGAGAUGAAGAUCCUCCCUGAAGCAGAGAGCUGGCAGGAAUCGAUCCGAUCCUGUAAGAACCACAGCAUGGAUCUCAUCAGCCUCUCCAGCGAGGCUCUCCAAAAACAAAGCUGCCAAAUUCUGCGUGGAAACGACACUAAGCAAGUGUGGAUCGGCACGCGUCGCAGCUCGCUGACCCGAGACUGGUACUGGCUGAACGAAAGCGACUUCAACAACACCAACUGGGCCCACAGCGAACCCGGAGACGUCAACGAAGGCCAGUGCGCCGUCAUGAGUCUGGACGGCGACGGCAACUGUGGCUGGAAGGCCCGCAACUGCUGCGAGGACGCCCGGCCGCUCUGCUACGCCGCGCCACAGUUCCUGCAGAUAAACUGAACCAGAGGCUUCCUGCUCCCGGUUCUGGUUAGGUCAGAACCGAGCCACUGAUACCAUCACUAUAGGCAUCAGGAAACGCUCUCAUAGAUAGUUAAACCGGUUUAUUUGGGUCAGUCCCAACGAGCCGUUAUUGUACGGAGGGCUGAGUGUGACGUAAAAUAUAAAUAUAUGAACAGCAAUGAUAUACAAUAAACUACAUAAAGCAAGCUUCAGCUCACAAGCUAAAUAUUUAGUUUGAAAGCUACACAGUUAGCCAGCAAGCUAAAUAGUUUUUCUAUGGGUUCAAGCUACAUAUUUAGCUAGAAAAUUUAGCUUUCAAGUUACAUACUUAGCUUGAAAGCUAAAUACUUAGUUUUGCAAAAAUAUUUAGCUUGGAAGCUAAAUACUUAGUUUUGCAAAAAUAUUUAGCUUGGAAGCUAAAUACUUAGUUUUGCAAAAAUAUUUAGCCUUGAAGCUACAUAGUUAGCUUCCAAGCUAACUAUUUAGCUCCAAGGUAAAUAAGUAAUAUCAGCACUUGCUGAUAAUGAGACAUAAAGAAAAUACAGAGAUCGACCAGAACCAGAUUUUAUUUUAUAAUUCAUGAUGUCAAACGUUCCGAGUUAAAUAUUUAAUUAGCAUGCUAAAUAUUUAGCUUGCUAAAUGAAUUAUUAGCUCCAUACUUUAACUGUGUUAAAUGAUAUCAAUAUUUCCUCAUAACUUUUAUCAUUUCUAUUGAAACAUCUAUGAAAGACCAGAUUUUAGAUUAAAUUUAAAGUUCAAAUUAUGUUAACGGGUGUAAAGGAACUGGACCGAAAACUGGUCAACAAUUAAAGUUAAGAUGAAAAUCUGAUCAACAGUUUUCUGUUUUUGUUUAGACUUUUUUCUCUCGACUCAGAUUUAAUAUUUUAUCCCAUUUAAAUAAGAAAUUAUAAAGCAAUAAAUAAUAUAUUCUAGAGUAAAUGCAGCUUCUAGAGGUAAUAAUCUAAUAUAUAGUUUUUCACUUCUGGCUGUUCAGAUUUAAUUAUUUUGUUUAUUGAUUUUAGGGUUUUACUGAUAUUUUACGGUUCAAGAGUGAAUCUAGCAAACAAUAAAUUUAUUUUGUGUGAUUUGCUGAGAAUGAAUCAUGUAAGCUGUAUGCAUAAAAUUAUAAUCAUUUAUGCCAAUAAAUGGGUUUCCAUGUGUGAAACUAAA